GCGCGGCCAGCGUGGAACGGGGGCAAGGGUCGCGGAGUCGCCGGCUCCCCCUUCCCCAGCCUGGGCCCCCCUGGUACAGGGGGCCGAGCAGAAGCCCCCAGCGUCCAGGGCCGGGGGAGGUUCUGCCUGCACCCCCAGGCCCGCGCGGUCGGGCCCUGCAGGGCGGGAGGCGCGGCGCGGGGCGGGGCCGGUGACGGGACGCGGAGACCCCGCGGGCGGCGGGAGGGGCACGAGGCGCGCGUUUGCACCCGAGCCCGGCCCGCGCCCCGAUGCGGAGCGAUGCCGCUCGGCCUGGCCGCCCCCCGCGAACACUGCGCUGCAGACGAAGCCCGCACGUGAUCCCGCUCAGGGUGACCUCAAAGCAGCAGCUCUGAAUUCGCCUCUCAUCUGACGACUAACCGCUGCUGCUGCCGCCAGCCUCUGUCCCUUGCCCAGGCUUGUCACACGGCUGCCUCUCAGCAGGGGCAGUAGAAUGAAAGAGGGCAUGUCUAAUAACAGCACCACUAGCAUCUCCCAAGCCAGGAAAGCUGUGGAGCAGCUGAAGAUGGAAGCCUGUAUGGACAGGGUCAAGGUCUCCCAGGCAGCUGCAGACCUCCUGGCCUACUGUGAAGCUCACGUGCGGGAAGACCCUCUCAUCAUUCCAGUGCCUGCGUCAGAAAACCCCUUUCGUGAGAAGAAGUUCUUUUGUACCAUUCUCUAACUCCGUGUGUGAUGAAAACGCCUCCUUUUCUGACCUUCAAAGUCCCCUGUAGAGACCAUGCAUGCUCUAAGCCUUAGGGAGUGAGACCAACACCCAUCCCUCCCCAGCCAGCGGUGGCCGGGGCUUGUCUUAUGUUUUCAUCUGUUUUCUUCGUGGCAUUCAAUUGCAUUUUUUUCCUUUUCAUUUUCAUGUUAUUUUCAUUAUUGGCAAAGAAAAUCAAAAUUUUCAUAGCCAAAUAACAAAUGUGCCAUGUAAAAAUAAGUCUGGACUUAAGAGUUUAAAAUUUUCAAACAUCAAUUUCCAAAUUUAUAUCAUAUUAAUACAUUUCAGUGGAUAAUUUAUUUAAAGAAAACUAUGCCUAAAUAUCCCUUAUUUGCAAUAUUCAGUAUCAAAUUAGAGCAUUUUGACCAACUGAAACAUAACGUUUUCAUCUCCUUUCCUGGAGAAAGCAGCUGCAGAGGUUCUGUAUUUCCUGCAUUUCCAUCAUCCUAGUAAAAAGACAACAACCCACAGGACUGGAAUGGUUUUCUUGUUGUUGUUGUUGUUGUUGUUGUUGUUGUUGCUGUUGUUUUGAGACGGAGGCUGGAAUGCAAUGGCGUGACCUCAGCUCACUGCGACCUCCACCUCCUGGGUUCCAGCGAUUCUCCUGCCUCAGCCCCCUGAGUAGCUGGGAUCAUAGGCACCCGCCACCAAACCCAGCUAAUUUUUUGUAUUUUUAGUAGAGAUGGGGUUUCACCGUGUCGGCCAGGCUGGUCUCCAACUCCUGGCCUCAAGUGAUCUGCCCACCUUGGCCUCCCAAAGCACUGGGAUUACAGGUGUGAGCCAGUGCACCCAGCCAUAUGUCUGUUUUAGAGUGAGGGGAAACUGAGGCACAAAGAGUUUAUGUAGUUUGCCCAAGGUUACACAUGGUAAGCAGAAAAACUGGGAUUUGAGGGCAGGCAGCCCGGCCCCAGCGUUCCCUUAGCCCCCUGAACAGUGCUACCUUCCAGGUCUACCUGUUUGCAGGUAGGGAGACCCACAGACUAUCUUAACUGCACACCGUGAAGCAAACACCUUUGUUGCACCAACCCAUGGUCCACAACUUUGUUGCAGCAACCUGUGGCACACUUCACUUCCCACAUUCUCCAGGAGGAAGCCGUAUUCUGGCAGUUUAAGGAAGGUGAUUCAUGGAUGCCCCAAGGAAAGGCUAGACAUCGAUGAAUUAGCUCUUGGAUUGUCUAAGAUCAACCUGAAGGCCCUACCUAAACCCAACUCAUAUGACCCCGAUGAAAGAGGAGAAUACACAGUGGGAGCAGAGCUCUUUGUGUAAGUUUGUUCUAUUCUGUUUAUUUGGGAACUGCCUCUCUCCCUAGUUCUGACAGAGACUUGCUAUGUGAUAGAGAACAGGCCAUUUGUGCCUGAAAUGUUCUAACCUGCAAAUUGGGUUUAAUGGUAAUUAUCCUGCCUUUCUGUCUGGGAGGAAACAGAGAUGCUACAUAGAUGAAAGCUCUGAUUAUCAUUUAAAACAAAUAAAUGUACUAAAUGCCAUGGUAUAAUAUAGGAAAGAAUGGAUGACUUCAAAGAGACCAUGGUUCCGUUGGAUGCAUAAAAUUGCCUGCAAAGAGGCAAAUAUAAUUUCCAGAUCAAUUAAUGACUUGCUGCCCACGUAAAUGGAUUUAGGACAUUUUUGUUCCUUGCUUCUUUUGUUAAAACUCAUUCUUAGUUUCAUGAUCAGCUCACUAAUAAUACCCGUGUUGUUAAGAUGCUCAAACUAGAGCAGAAUUGUAUGCUGGAUGUGACGCGAAGACCUCAGAUCCUUUGAUAGUGCAGUUAUGACCAGGAUCUCUUUAUUCUGUGGUUCACAUCAACAUCAUUAACCCGAUGAAGCAAAGCACAAGUCAUAAAGGCACAUCAGAGAAGCUGAGAAAGUGGGGCAGUACAGAGAGCAUCAAAAUCAGGUCAAAUAAAUGCUGCUUUCCUCUUCCACCAAACCUUCUCCCUGUUGUUUUUACACAUCCCGUCCCUCCAGAUUCAGCCUCCCUUUUGUUCUCUCUACUUUUCCUUUUCCUCCUCUCUUCCUUACCUUCCCCUGUGAGAUGCUUUUCUGUCCUUUUACUGCACCUCUUCCAGACCUAUGGCAUUUGGGGAUGGGUCACCCUUCCUAGAGUGAUCCUGAAUCCAGCUGCCUCUUCUUUUUUUGUUUUUGUUUUUGAGACAGAGUCUCUCUCUGUCGUCCAGGCUGGAGUGCAAUAGCGCAAUCUUGGCUCACUGCAACCUCCGCCUCCCGGAUUCAAGCGAUUCUUGUGCCUCAGCCUCACGAGGAGCUGGGAUUGCAGGCGCCCGCCACCACACCCGGCUAAUUUUUGUAUUUUUAGUAGAGACGGAGUUUCGCCAUGUUGGCCACGCUGGUCUCGAACCCCAGACCUCAAGUGAUCCGCCCACCUUGGCCUCCCAAAGUGCUGAGAUUACAGGCGUGAGCCACCGCGCCUGGCCUAGUUCCCUCUUCUUAGGUGCAGAUUUCUGCACAUGAGCUGUGAGAUCCACAGACAUGUCACUGAGCUCCCCCACUCUGUCAGUGGAAGAUGAAUGGAAUAGGCCUGCUUGCAUUGUGGAGUGCAGCUGUGGGGACAGCCCCCGUUUUUGUUUUUCAGCUUAACUGUCCAGCAUCUCCCCUCCCUUCCUAUAGCAGGGACAUAUGCCUCAGAUAUAAACUUAGUGGUAUGCAGUACCCACCGUGGAAGCUGAAGAAGGGAGGUAUUCCCUGUCUCUCAGGCAUACCCCGCUUCCAGCCCCAUACCAGUUGGGAAGUGGUCAUUGACCUGGGGUGGAUUACCUGGACCCUUGCUUGGGGCUAUGAGCCUGGAGAAUGUGACACGGAAAUGAAGGGAUGCUGAGACUCAUUUCAAGGAAGCCACCGUGGUCCGUGGUUGGUAGUCAUACAGCAAGGCAGGUAGGUAGGGCUGGCAGGCUGCAGGGAUGGUGUGUCCACUGGUAGCAAUGUCCAGGGAUGGCAGGGUCCUGGGAAUGUCAUUUCUGCUCUACUCCUUGGACUCGCUGAGCUGUCUCCGCCUCCACCUAUCUUCCUACAGACCUCCCUUCUAGUUUUCUGUCAAUUCUUUGAGCCAGCAAACUCCAUCCAGUACAUUCUUUAUUCUUUCAUGAAAUAGCCUGAGUUGGAUGUAAAUGUAUAUGACCUAACAAUUCCACCCCUAGGUGUAUACCCAACAGAAAUGUGUACAUGUGUUCAUCCAGAGACACGCUCUAAAUCUUCACAAAAACACUCUUCAUAAUAACCCCGAACAGGAAAGCACCCAAAUGCCUGUGUUGGCUGGAUAAGCACAUUAGGGUAUAUUCACACGAUGGAAUCCCAGACUGCAAUGGGAAUGAGCUGCAACCCCACCCCCAACUUGGAGUGUAUUCACCAACCCUAGCGUUGAACGAGAGAAAGCAAAAACGCACCAUAGGAUUCCAUUUAUAUAAAGUUUAAAACCCAGCAAAACUCAUCCAUGCAGUUGCAAGUAGAGAUCGGUCCUAAGAAGACAGUAACCAGAAGGGGGGCAUGAGGUGGUGCUUCUGGGGUGUUCUGUUUCUUGAUCUGGUUGCCGGUUACCUGGGUGCAUUCCAUUUGUGAACAUUCUUGGAGCUGUACACUUUUGAUUUGGGCACUUUUCUGUGUGUAUGUUAUACUUCAAUAAAAAGUUGGGCUUUGUGACUAGCAA